UUCGCAUAUGCACUUUGUGAUAUUAAACCCUAAAAUAAAAACAGAAGUUUGACAGAUGUCUAUCAAAAGGCAAGUGACGGAAGGAGAGGAGCCAGUUAGUCCAUUUGCAAAGAUUUUCAGCUACCAGAGAAGUGUCGCGAACAUUGUAACCUUUGGAUUGAAAAUCGAAGUAGAUCCACCAAUCUUUGUUGAAGGCUUGAAGAACACAUUGAUUAACCAUCCCCGCUUCUCUAGCAUACUGGUUACGAGGCAUGGUGAAUCUAAAUGGAUCCCAACGAAAGUAAAAGUGGAAGAUCAUGUAAUUGUUCCGGAAAUAGAUCCAUACAUUGAGAACCCUGAUGAAUUUCUAGAGAAUUAUACAUCAAACAUGGCUCUUUCUCCAAUGGACAUGUCCCAACCUUUAUGGGAAUUUCAUCUAUUGAAACUUAAAACAUCACUUGCAGAAUCUGUUGUUGUGGCUAGGUUCCAUCACUCUUUGGGUGAUGGGAUGUCUCUUAUGUCUCUUUUACUUGCUUGUACUCGGAAAGUAUGUGAUCCCGAGGCAUUUCCUACUUUUGUGGCUCCGAAGAAAAGCAAAGCAAAAAACGCUUGUUGGUCGUUGGUUGCUUGGUUAUGGUUCUUAGUAAGAACAACGUUCCACACUUGUGUUGAACUUUUCAACGCUUUGGUUUUUAUGUGUUUCCCGCGGGACAGCGCAAUUUGUCUAAGUGGUAAACCAGGAGCCUCACGUAGCAUUGAUAAGAUUAUUCAUCAAAUCAUUCCUUUGGAUGAUGUCAAAAACGUGAAGAACGCCAUGAAAAUGACAGUGAAUGAUGUGGUUUUUGGAAUGGUACAAGCUGGUCUGUCACGAUAUCUGAAUCAAAGAUACGAUCUUGAAACAACUUCAGACACAAGAAAAACUCUAGACAAACUAUGUCAUCGUGGAGCUGUUAUUUUCAACCUAAGGCCAAAUAGAGAUAUAGAGGACUUGGCUAAUAUGAUGGCAAAAGGUUCAAAGUGUAGAUGGGGAAACUCAUUAGGUUAUGUUAUAAUUCCUUUGUGGUUGAAGCCAGAGGAUGAUAUGCUUGAAUAUGUUCGACAAGCCAAAACUACUAUGGAUCGUAAAAAACUUUCCCUUGAACCUCUAUUUUCCUAUGGGUUGCUGAAACUGACCAUGGAUUUUCUUGGAAUUAAGGCAGUCAGGAACAUUUUAAACAGAUUAUUUCAUAAUACAACAAUGAUAUUCUCAAAUGUGGUUGGUCCAGCCGAAGAAAUUAGCUUUUUUGGCCACCAAAUAUCUUACUUUGCUGGAAGUGUCUCUGGUAUAUCGCAGGCACUUAUUAUCAAUGUACAAAGCUAUGUGGACAAACUUAUAAUCAACCUUGCAGUUGAUUCUGACGUGAUUCCAGACCCUCAUCACCUUUGUGAUCUCAUCAUCGAAUCCCUCAGCAUGAUGAAAUCUGCUGCAUCAGAAAAUAUUUGUCAUGCUUCAGAGGUUUAAGCAAAAUAUUUGGUGUGAAAAAUAAAGAAGAUUAAGUUAAGUUUCAAUAAUGUGUUACAACGCAUUGCGAGUUUAUCAUCUUUCUAUGUAAUCGUCAAAUAUUAAAUUUCGACAAGUUUAC